GGAGCAUGUGCAUUCGCCCAGACUUGUGCAGCUCGAUCAUAUCUCAGACACUGAAUGUGGAUGAUACCUUAUUGGUCCUGAAAUUCUUGGACAUUCUAGCCUCAUAGCAAAAUGACCGCUAGCAAAAUGACCGCCCAAAAAUGGCCUUCAGGCCAGUAAUGAACACCGUGGAUAUUCUACGACUUCUUCGUUCUCACAUAUAAAAUUGUUAAAUAUGAAGCUAUGGACGUCCCACGGCCAGUAUCAAUUCGAGGUCACGCUUCGAAUCACCUGCUGUCUUAGGGGAAAUACACACAAGCUCGCAUCCAAUAUACUGGCAGAAUGCCCAAGUCAUUUGCCACCGAGGCUAAGAAGCCACAACGAAGUCCAGCAACAACUAAGACUUCUGCACACAAAUCAAAGAACGGCAGUCCUUCCAAAGUACAGACAGCAAAAACCGAGGUUGUGCAAUUUACGGACCUCAAUGGAGCACAAAGGCUCGAAACUGUUGAACUCGAAACCUUGAACAAAAUCCACACAAAGCACCUCGAUGUCCCUCGCGAAUGGCCAACUUGGCCUCCUUCUGGAACAUUGCCAUACACUCAUCAUGCUAUGAGUGCAUAUGAAACAUCUUGGACGAUGGGAUUGGGGCCUAUGGACCGCUGGGAGCAAGAAACUUCACUUCAGGGGCCAUGGAACGACAUUGCAGCUGUCCAAGACGAAAACGUGAACGGGAUUGUAUCAGGCGGAAUUCUGAUGGCUGAUGAGGAAGAUGUAACGCGUGCAGGAACGUGGUGGCCAAAAGGAAAAGAUGAUGUCUAAGGAAGGUUGAGGAAGGUUGGUGUCAUGUCGUAGAAAAGGUGAAGCCCUCGCUAGGUCCUUGGUUGAUUUGGGUUAGCUCCAACCAAGACACUAGAAUGUUUCGACAGAUUGCAAUCUUCAUCUAUGUUAUACUAUUGGGAGAUAAUCAAUUGUUCUCAAGAGUUUAGCAUCCCUUUCUUGCAUUAGUCCCAUUCUACUACCAGCAGAAUUGCUCAGCGUUCUCCCCAAAGUGACAGCCGCAGGGGUAGGAAAAG